CGCUGUCACUGCAGUCGCCUCCUCAGCGGACCACAGUGCGGAUCACACGGGGUGACCAUCUGGGCUCUCUGCAGGUCAAACAUGGUGAAAAUCACGACAGUGAAGACCAAGCCGUACACGGACCAGAAGCCCGGGACGAGCGGGCUGCGGAAGCGCGUGACGGUGUUCCAGCAGAACCAGCACUAUGCGGAAAACUUCAUCCAGAGCAUUAUCUCCGUCAUCGAGCCGGCCGAGCGCCAGGCGGCCACUCUGGUGGUGGGAGGAGACGGCAGGUUCUUCAUGAAAGACGCCAUUCAGCUGAUCGUUCAGAUCGCAGCUGCCAACGGGAUUAAUCACCUGGUAAUCGGUCAGAAUGGCAUCAUGUCCACCCCAGCAGUCUCCUGUGUGAUCCGCAAGAUAAAGGCAGUGGGUGGCAUAAUCCUCACCGCCAGCCACAACCCCGGUGGUCCCAAUGGGGAUUUUGGCAUCAAGUACAACAUUUCCAGCGGAGGUCCUGCUCCAGAGGGCAUUACAAACAAAAUAUUUGACAUUAGCAAAAACCUGCAGGAGUAUCUCAUCUGCCCCGAGCUCAAAGUGGAUCUGUCCAAGAUCGGCAAGCAGACCUUCGAAGUGGACACAUUCAAGCCCUUCACAGUGGAAAUCGUGGACUCAGUGGAGGCCUAUGCUGAGAUGCUUCGGGGUAUAUUUGACUUUGCUGCUUUGAAGGAGCUCCUCUCUGGACCCAAUCACAUCAACGUACGACUGGAUGCUAUGCAUGGAGUGGUUGGUCCUUACGUGAAGAAGAUCGUGUGUGAGGAGCUGGGAUCUCCUGCCAACUCUGCAGUUAACUGCGUCCCUCAGGAGGACUUCGGCGGCCACCACCCUGAUCCCAACCUGACCUAUGCUGCUGACUUGGUCAACACCAUGAAGGGCGGCGAGUACGACUUCGGGGCUGCCUUUGACGGCGAUGGUGAUCGCAACAUGGUGCUGGGUAAACAUGGCUUCUUUGUGAACCCCUCAGACUCGGUGGCUGUUAUCGCUGCCAACAUUACCGGCAUCCCUUACUUUCAGAAGACGGGUGUUAAAGGACUGGCCCGCAGUAUGCCCACCAGUGGAGCGCUGGACAAUGUGGCUAAAGCUCUGAAAAUGCAGCUGUAUGAGACUCCAACUGGCUGGAAGUUCUUUGGGAAUCUGAUGGAUGCCGGCAAACUGUCACUGUGUGGAGAGGAGAGCUUCGGCACGGGCUCAGACCAUAUCCGUGAGAAGGAUGGCCUCUGGGCGGUGCUUGCAUGGUUAUCGAUCUUGGCAACCAGGAAACAGAGCGUGGAGGAGAUCAUGAAGGAUCACUGGCAGAAGUUUGGCAGAAACUUUUUCACCAGGUACGACUAUGAGGAGGUUGACUCGGACGCUGCCAACAAGAUGAUCAAGGAUCUGGAGACGACAAUGUUUGACGCCUCCUUUGUUGGCAAGAAGUUCUCCUCUGGUGAUAAGACCUAUGAGGUGGCCGUCGCCGAUAACUUUGCCUACACAGACCCCGUGGAUGGAAGUGUGUCCAAAAACCAGGGUCUGCGGAUCAUCUUCUCUGAUGGUUCUAGGAUUAUUUUCCGCCUCAGCGGUACAGGCAGUGCCGGAGCCACCAUCAGACUCUACAUAGACAGCUAUGAGAAGGACCCUCAGAAAAUCUACCAGGAUCCACAGGUGAUGCUGGCUCCCCUGGUAGACAUUGCCCUCAAGGUCUCUCAGCUCCAGGAGAAGACCGGGCGCACUGGGCCCACUGUGAUCACAUGAUUCUGCCACCGCAAUGCCUCCAUUCUUGUUCAGCAACAGGAUACCUCCACUCUCUCUGGGGGUGAAGCUGCCCCGAAAUGCUGUCAGUUCCUGACCUUUUUAAAAACAGCAGUUGGAUGAUAAACUGAAACACAACAUGCAGUUUGAUCAAAAAAAAAAAAAAAAAAAAAAAAGAAGAAAUGGAUUCCCGUUGUUUUUGGUUUCUUAAAA